CCCGCGCCCGCGCCCAUGGCCCGCGCGCAUGGCCCGCGACCCCUGGCGCGCGGCGGAGGGCCAGGGCCCCGGCGGCCCGCGACCCCUGCGUCUCCGCGACUGGCUGGUGGCGCAGAUCGAGAGCGGGCGCUACGCGGGCUUGCGCUGGGAGGACGCGGCCAAGACCGUGUUCCGCAUCCCCUGGAAGCACGCGGCCAAGCAGGACUACCGGGCGCAGCGGGACGCGGCGCUCUUCAGGGCCUGGGCCAUAUACAAGGGCAAACACCAGGAGGGCAUUGACAAGGAGGACCCCCCCGCUUGGAAGACGCGGCUCCGCUGUGCCCUCAACAAGAGCACCGACUUCCUCGAGGUGCGGGAGAGCAGCCAGCUGGACUGUGACGACCCCUACAAGGUCUACCGGAUUGUGUCAGAUGGAGCCCCCCGGCCAGUUCCCCAGGAUUUUGCUCCCCUUGAAAAGAAGGGCCAUUUCCAGAGCCAGCAGGCGCCCCCUGGAGAAGUGACCGGGCUGGACCACAGCACAGAAAAGGAUGGCUGUGAAUCAGCCACCGUGAAGGAUGAGGAGCCGCAUCCCCGAGGGGCCCAGAGGGGUUCCUUGCCACCAGCUGCCCUGCCCCCAGAUCCUCUGGCUGACCACAGGUACCAAGCUCAGGAGCUGUCUCUUCCCUGGAUGCCCUCACCCUGGCAGGACUUUGGCCACUCUGACUGCUGGCUGCACGUGCGGCUGUUCUACGGCGCGGAGUUGGUGAGGGAGGCCACAGUGCACACGGCUGAGGGCUGCCACCUAUGCCCCCGGGCCGCCGUCGGAUCUGCCGAGCACCUGCUGGGGUGGCCCCGGCAUGUGGCGCAGUUUUGCUUCCCGGAGCCCCCGCCCGGCGCCCACGUGCUGCGGCGCCUGCUGCCACACCUGGAGCGCGGCGUGCUGCUGUGGGUGCUGCCCGAGGGCGUCUUCGCCAAGCGCCUGUGCCAGGGCCGUGUAUAUUGGCGUGGCCCGCUCGCCCCUCACCGCACGCGGCCGAACAAGCUGGAGCGCGAACGCACCUUCCAGCUGCUGGACACGCGCCGCUUCCUCGCGGAACUGCAUGCCCACUUGCUGGAUGGUUGCCCGGAGCCCGAAUACAAGAUCCGACUGUGCUUUGGGGAGGAGUACCCGGGGCCCCCGGGCCAGCCUGAGGAGCGGCUGAUCAUGGUUCACGUGGAACCCCUCUUCGCCCGAGAACUCCUCCUUCGCUCCAAGGGUCUGAACCAAGGAGGCUCUGUGGCCCAGAGUUUGCAGCCGACCCAUGAGCACAUUUGCUGGAUAACAAAGUGGUACCGCUGUGCCCUGUGGGGCUCUUACUUGACUGUGGCUUCACCCAAAUUUCAGUACCGCAGUCAGCAGUGA